AUGUCGCCCCAAGAUCCCCAGACUGCUGCUCUUCUUGCUCAUGUAGUUUCACAAAUCGAACAGAACGUUGAGUUUCUGGCUUCACAGAACUACAUCUCACAGGCGGAUGCCUCUGCUAUCUUGACCAAACUGCCAAAUUCGAAUCAGGCCACUAAUCACAGCGCUGGGCCAAUUGCAUCUCUGGCAGGCAGGAUUUCUAACCUAGGAAUCAAUAGAACGCCAUCAGCUGCUCGUGCAGUUCCGCCACCACCACCACCAUCUCGUGCGCUACCACAGGCAAAGGCACUGUGGGCGUACAGCAGUAAUGAUGCCGAAGACCUUUCGUUCGCACCAGGAGAUAUCAUAGAAAUUGUAGAAGAGACAAACGCCGACUGGUGGACGGGCAGAGUGAACGGGAAGCAAGGUCUUUUCCCUUCGACAUACGUAGAGAAGUUGCCCGAGGUCCAGUUGCCAACGCCGAAUGCUACACCUGCGCCAACAAAAGCGUAUAAGCCUUUCGGUGCGGCUAUGCACGGUACCAACAUGCCUCCACCCCCAGGCCAAGGCGUCAAUUCAGUAGGCUUGCAAGAAAAGCCCGGGACUGAAGCAAAGAAGGAUAAGUAUGGACAGUACAAGAACACUUUGGCACAUUCUGCUGUUGGCGGUGUUGGCUUUGGCGCCGGUUCUGCAAUCGGCGGAGGGCUAGUUCGCGCAAUCUUCUGA